AACAUUUUGGCAAAAGUGGUAUAAAGUUAAAGGUUACAUACAGAGAAGUUGCUAUUGUACGCGAAGCCAAUGCAAAGCAGGUGUUUUUUGAUCAGCCUCGAUUGCAUGUUGCCAUUUUACGCCUGACUGAAAACCACCGCGUGAUCGAAUGUUCGGCUUGAUUUCUCUCGAAGUCCAAUUCAAAUAAUCAUUUACAACUUGAUAUCUUUAUGUGACUUUUUCCGACAUCGAUUGUAUCAUGGAUAUUUAAUAUUCCAUUACAGGAAGUUCUCUGGAUGAGCUAGAAAUCAUGCAGGCAAUUGUUACAAUACAUUGUAGACUUUGCCGUAAAGUUCAAAAGCGAAAUGUGUUUUUGACGUGAUGUGUCACCUCGUUAUUAGUUAUUUCGUGCCUAGGCGAUGGCGAAGUUCCUGUUGCGUAGCUGUACCAGUUAUGGUUAGUUUUCUCGUCCUUGUAUCACUGUUAAAGCAAAGAAGUGAUCCAGAAUUAAAAGAUUAUUCAUACAAACUGGAGGGUAGAAUUACCGUGAAUACAGAUCAUCUCGGACUUAGCUUCUGUCCUGUCUGCUUUGGUCGAAACGAAUCUGUCUGCGAGGGCAUUUUACACAAUACGGUUAAAAUACUCCGCAAGAAGGAGACUAAAUCCAAAGAAAAGUGGAAACCAAGAGCUGUAGGCUUAUGGAAUACGAAGCGAAUUUCAAUCAAGCAUUAUGGGAAUGCCAGCGAGUUUUACAAACUGGAUAAUGAAAUCUGCAGCAUUGUGGGAAAGAUAAACAGUCCGUGCGAGGCUGAUGUCGUGUGGAAAUCAUUCCUGAAUGUUUCGUCUGUAGAUAGUUCAAUGAAAGAAACCAUGUACUGCCCAUCCAGCAGGCUGAUAGCAAAAGUAAAGAUGAUAUAUUUUGGAGAUAAUGUACAAAACAGCCAAGUUAGGCAUAACACUCUACACCUGACUUCAACUCUGAAUUUGAAUCAGGAACCUAUAAUCUUUCAGGUGUUUCCUUCAGAGAAGGGAUGGCCUUUCCCUAAGUUCUAUGGAGCUUGUGGUCGAGCAAUUGUCAUGGAGGAUGCUGGACUUCCUCUUGAUUCUUUCCUUUUGCAUCCUUGGCUAGAAAGAGCAGAGCUUGCUCUGGCCGUUAUCAAGAUAGCAAAACAGCUGACAAGCAAUCUAGAUCACUGGGGGCUCUAUUUAACAGAAAUAGCACUGGAUAAUUUUGCUGUGUCAAAUGGUACAGUUAGAUUGGAAGAUGCAAGUCACAUCUUAGUGGUUGAUCUGUUACAGUCAAAUAUAAAAGCUGAACAUAAGAAGACUGUGGAUCAAUGUUAUAGGACAGAGCCUCGCUGUCUGUCCUCACAUCCCCAUGAACUCUGUCAAGGUGUCAUACGCGAUCAAAACUACUAUGCAGUUUGCCGGGGUGUGUUAGCAGAUAUAGGAAGUGAAAAGGGCCUACUUCAUUCCCCUCCAGGAGAUGAGGAAUUUAAAAUGAUGCUUGAGGACACACUGACAGAAUGUAUUACAGCACAGACAAUUAAAAGAAAAGAGGCUAUCGACCUUGUUGUGGGUUUACUUCAGAACAAAAUAAAUGCUCUAGCAAAAUUAAAGUCUUAAUUAAGGUGUUGUUUCUUGACUACACAUGUAAGUUAUGAAAAUAGAUAUUUAAUAAAUUGAAAUCUUUGCCCUGCCUCUA